CGGGGCGGCUGGGCCAGCGGCGGCCAUGAGGGCCAGGCAGAUCCCGGCGCUGGUGGGCACGGCGCUCGGGGGACGGCGUCCCGCAGCCCGGCCGCCACGGCCCCUCUGGGUCAAAGCAGGGCUCCACCAGCACCCCGGCGUCAACCUCUGCUUUGCUUCCGAGCGAGAUCGCGGCGGCGCCGAACCCCCCUCGCAGGACAGGCCCGCGGGGGCGGAGAGGCUCCCGGGGAGCCAAGAGUUAACCGCGGCCGAGCAACGGAUCGCGGACUUGCACGCCGCCGCCUGCGCGGCCGGCCAUCUGAGCUACCUGGACCCGGCCACUGGCUACGUGGUACUAACGCAGCUGGCCCACGUGCGGAGGGGCCGGUGCUGCGGCUCUGCCUGCAGACACUGUCCGUAUGGUCAAGUCAAUGUUAAAGACCCAGCUAAGAAGAAGCAAUUCAAUUCCUGUUUUUACGUUUGACAAGAAUUUCAUCUCUGUCCUCCUUUAUUAAACCUUAUUUUAAAAACUCAACACCCAAACCCAGAAUUGUUCUCUGCUUCUCAGGGCUCCAGUGCCAGGUCCGUAGUAAGUCUGUCUAUUAAAGGGACAUCGACACAAUGAGAAAAGCUAGCGAAUGCUGGGGUGUGGAUAGUUCUUUUCCUUUUUUUUUUUUCCUUUCUGCCUCCCUCAUCAUCAGACACAUAUGUUGAAGAAAGAAAAUAAAGGCUGUUCCAUUAAAUAAAGACGAGCAACCGGAUGACACUGGUACCCCCUGAAUUUCCCUGUAGCCUCUUACUCCCCACUGUUACCUCCUCGGGGUCGGCAGCCCGGCAGAGGGGGCGGCAGGCAGGAGCAUUUGGAGACAGACGCCAUUUUAUUUAUAUCUCGAGCUCCGGGGAGGUUGACACCAUGCUGUACUGCUCAGCACCUGACCGGCCAGGAAGUGCCGUUCGGCGACGAGAAAUGCGCUCAUCUUCCAUCUGUUCUCUCAGUGAAAACUAAAUCACUCUCAGCUGGGGGUCAGGCCACUUAGGAUGCCUCCAUUAAAGCGUUCUUUCUCCCCUC